AAGAGAAACAUGCUUGUGUCGAAUUCAUACUAAUAUCCAAUACUUAGCAUUUGCUUUGUGCAAAAACAAAGUUAUUCCAACAUCAGAUCUUAAUAAGAUUAUUGUAGACCAAGUAUGCAAUCCAGAUUCAUUAGCAUGUAUGACAGGAAUCUGUUCCGUAUGCCUAUCAAAAACAACUAAUUUUGAUACGUCAAAAGACGAAAUCAUAGUAAGAUAUCCUUAAUGGAUAAGUAAAACUGAAGUGAUAGAGAAGGCAGGAAAGAAAAUCAAAGUUACAAAAAACGUUAAAGAGGAAACAGAAAGUACGGGAAAGGCACUGAUGGAAAAGUUUGAAAUUACACUAGAGGAAUUUAAAAGGCAUAUUUAUUACAUCAAGACACAGUACAGAAACUACAGAAAAUGCAUAGAUGAGUUGACCACUAAUGAAAUUGCACUGCACAUUGACUUCAGUGAAAAUUACAGCUGCAAAUGUUUUGAAGAGGUACAAUCUCAUCAUUUUGGUGGUUCCCGAAAUCAAGUGUCCUUGCACACUGGAGUGAUCUACAGUCGUUGUUCAGACCAUAAAAUAGAGGUAUCAUCGUUUUGUACCGUGUCUGGAAAUCUUUCACACAAUCCAGCUGCAAUAUGGGCUCACCUCCAUCCCAUCUUUGCUUCAAUUCAAGAGAAAUUUCCGGAAGUAAAUGUCCUGCAUGUAUUUUCAGACGGCCCCGCCACUCAAUACCGCCAAAAACAGAAUUUUUAUCUGAUAUGUACAAAGUUAUUCUCUAACUACCAGUUUACCAAAGUAACAUGGAAUUUUUUCGAGGCGGGCCAUGGCAAGGGUGCAGCAGACGGGAUCGGUGGUUUUUUAAAACGGGCUGCAGACCAACUUGUUGCACAUGGAAGUGAUAUAUCUGAUGCCACAAAAUUCUAUCUUGCUUUGAAAGAUGUGAGUAAAGUGAGGCUACAUCUGAUAACAAAUGAGGAUAUUGAACAAAGUCCAACACAGAUCCCGGACAAUAUCGUGCCAUUAUUAGGUACAAUGAAAGUUCAUCAAGUUUUCUCUGAGGAGCCUGGAGUUCUAAAGUAUAGAAAUCUGAGUUGUUUUAGUCAGCGCGGCUUUUGCACUUGUAUGAAUCCUAAGAAUUACUUUCCAUUGAAAACUGCAGUAGAACAGUCAACUCCCUCCAAUUGCGAUAAAAAUAUGCUGUCCGAUAUAAGCAACCUUUAUCAAAAGCGAACAAAAGGGUUUUAUAGAUUUGUCUAUAGCUCAGACUCCGAUGAUAUUGAUGGUGCCCCUUUGAUAUCUUUGAAAGAAGAAAGAAAAACCUACCUAUAUUCAGUUGCACAACCCUGCACAUCAAAGGAAAAUGAAAAUGCCUUGAUUGAAAUGAAAAAUAUUCAUGCUAAUAAAAUAAAAGAAGGUAUUUGCGUCUUAGUAAAAGUUUCCAGCUCAAAACAGGAUUACGUCUACCUGGGUAAAGCCUUGUCUGAAGUAGAAGAUGAUGGUGAGGUUAAAAUCAUGUUUUUUGAGGCAAUUGACAACACUGCAACAAAAUUCAAAUUAGUUGAGACUUAUUUAUCCUAUGAGCCUUUUGAUAAUUUACUUGCCAUUGUUCCAGAACCUAAAAAGUCUGCAAAGGUAAAAGGGUAUACUACCAAUUUGAUACUCCCUUAGAUAUAUUUGAGAAAUAAGUAACUUCAACUUUGUAGUUCCUCUUUCAAGACAUUCUAAUUUUUAUUUCUAUUAAGAGAAGAAAUAUAUAAGAAAGUAAGCUCUUGAUUGGUAAAUUAUAGUCAUAAGUUUAUUUUUGAUAUUAUUAAAGUUUAUUGAUUAGGUGAUUUAGAUCUUAUGCUUAAUAAGUGCAAAUUAUUACGUAAUGUACAAUAAAAAUAACAAUUAUGUUACUGUGUUACAACUCUGUUACUUUUCUGUCCCAAAGAUUAAAGAACUAAGUAAGAUUUUAAAGAGAAG